AUGGUGGUGGUGGUGGUGCUGCUGAUGGCUGUGCUGUUUAGCGUGUCGGACGAUAGCAGCGACGCAGCACCCCUCAACCCGGCCAAGAAUCGACUGUACUCGCGCGUCCUCCUCCCCAAAGAAACCGACGGCCCGCCGGCACGCUGGAUCCACAACCAACUGAAAGGACGCGGCUCCGACGCGAUCACCCUCGCAGUGCGAGGAGACAACAUGCGCUUCCCCCGCUUCGCCAACCAGGGCGGAACCUGGCACGCCUGCCGCAGCGACGACCUCCACGGCCUUACCCUCGCGGCGAGGCUGAGCUUCGACGACGACUACACCAGCCUCCUCGGCGGGCACGAGCAGCUCAAGGGCAUCCGCGUCGACAAAGAGGCUGCGGCUGAUGCAAUCGCCGAGCUCGCGCGGUUCAGAGCGACGAACCGGACGUCAGGAUCGGACGCCGCUGCUGCCGACGACGCGGGCGCGAGGCGGGCGUGGGCGACGCUCAAAGUCGCCAUCAGCGAGCCCCUGCGCUUCAAGUCGAUCCGCCAGAGUGUGAGCGCAGCCUGGAAGAACGGCGGGACGACCCUGGACGACCGCCAGGUGAAGCUCGUCGCCAACGGCUACUGGAGGACCAUGUCCUGCGCGCUGCUCAUCGCGGCGCAGAACGGCGGUGCCUGGCAGAGCGAGGAGGCGGUGCACCUGCGGUCCAUCGGCAUGUUCACCAAGGAGGACGUCCUGAAAGAGAUCGAUCUGAUCAUGUGGCCAAAGGACUGCAGCGAGCCCAUCACUUUGGGUAGUAGGUAUUUCAUGUGA